CUGUUUAUCAUCUGUAUCCUCCCUGUUUCCAGGUGCUGCAUUAUUGGCCCAUCCAGGCGAAGACGCACGAGGCAGCAUCAUCGUGGUGUCAGCGCCUCGUUGCACGUUACUGCGAGCCACGGAGGAGUUGGGCCUUUGUAAGGUUUACCACACCGGAGAGAUGGAGGCCUUCUCCUACAACGACAGAGACAACUUCAGAAAUUCAAACGACAUGGAGGCGUUUCUGACUCUGGCAGAGCGGGAGUACAUCGUGAAGUAUGAGCUUGAAGGGCUGCGAGCGCAGAAGGACCUGAGGAUCCCGGGUCUUCCUGAUAAAUACACGCUGCAGAACCGGGACAACAUCUGUGAGUCGCGUCAGAGCUCACAUGCUCCGGAAUCAUUCACUGAUAAAGCUAACAAUCUGCCAGUGUUGGUCAGACACGCCUGACUUCAGCUGCUGAAUGCCACUGAAUGCCAAGUUUUGUUUUAUUGAAAUACCAGUCACUCUAUGGACUAAAUAAACUAAAAAAAAAACAAUAUAUCUCAGUAACUUCUUAGAAUAAACAUUUACUGCUGUGUUGCAGAUUAACUAUCACUCCAAACAUCUAUUUUCCAAGCGUUUCUAGUGAUCUUUUAAUUUAAUUUAUGUUGUUUUUAGCCUGUGUGGUUUUCUAGGACAUAAUUUCUGCAGUUCAUUAAAAAUUCACCUCAGAGUUGUGGGCGGGACUCUUAAUAGGGAGUAAGCCUGCACUGAUAUCCCAUCAACCCUUUGUUUAUACGCUUUCCCACUAGAUUACAGCGACCUACACCUCCAAGCUAACAUUAGAGGGGUACUUACAAUUGUACAUGAAGGCUAGCUUGA